UUCAUAUAAGAUCCACACGGUGGAGGAGAAAACUCUUGGUAGAGGUCCUCAAGGUGGAGUAGAAAAAAAGAGCUAAGAGAGGGAAAGUGAGUCUCACUCAAUACCUUGAGUUUUAGGAAGACCAAGAUAUGACAAGACUACUCUACUUCACUAGAACUCAAGAGGGAAGAGGAAAUGGUGUUUUUGUGUCUUAGAAUGGAGGAGAUGAGGGUUUAUAUAGUAGUAGUGGAGAAAAUAUGAACGGAAGGAAAUUUAAUGAAGGUUGACAAAUGAUCAAAGAGAAUCAUCAACCCAGACCCUAUUUCAAACUUUGGGAAAAGCUGGUGCUUUAAAUUUAGGGGUUGGUGGGAGUGAUGAGUGUGGUGGGCCUUUUGUGUGUUAGGCUUUGACUUCUUCUGCUGUAUCACGGCCCAUGAUUGUAAGGUAGGAGAGCUGGGGUUGGCCUAAGUGAAACAUGCCUCAAGAUAGUCUAUGCACAAGUUGGGUCAUCCCAAUAUAGGCGUACCUUGGCUGGAGUAUUGAGUAUACGACGUGCCCAUAGCAGAAACAACUACUACAAGUAUUACAGUAGGAAAUACAACAUGGCUGAAUAACUAUAACAUUUGACAAGUAAUACUAACGCUUAAAUAAAGGAAAAAAGAAAAUCCAACGAGGUCAUGGUAGAAUAAUACAACCGCAGGGAACAAUGAUGCAAUAAACAAUUCAAUAAUAAGGUAACAAGUUAAUCGUUCAUCAAUCACAAAAGUAAAACUUUUCUACCAAAGAAAUGUGCUUAUUCUUCUCAACAAAUGCAAGUCCAAAAAAGGAACUGAUCUCCAAUGCGAGUAAUCUCAAAGAAGACUUUUGCCAUAGAGAUUACGCACUUUGGAAAAAGGACCCAGAUGGCUUAAACUUUAACUCUUAAUUUCUCAAAGAGUAGGUCUAUCAAAAGGGAGAGAAAUGGGUAGCCUAUUAAUGCAUGCCUCUAUUCUUAUCACUCAUGCUUUUCUUUGGUUUUGUUGUGUUUUCUUUUCUUUUCUCUCCUCUUCUUCCUUGUUCUACCUCCACUUCUUUCCCUAAUAGUGAUACCUCUUUUUUUUUUUUUUGGUUCCUGAAGAUCCCUUACUGUUCACAACUACCACCCUUUAUACUGUCUACCAUGAUGGGAUUUACCAUUUUUACCCCUCAACUGCAUUUGGCUCCUUAGGGUUGUCCUUCCAAGAAUGCCCACUAGCCUGCCCAACCACUACUAUUGCACUGAAUGUGUUGGUUGCAUCACUCCUCAUUCCCAAAAAAAAAAAAAAAAAAAUGGCUUGUCUUGUUUCUUACCUCUCUCUGUUCUCACUACUCUCAUCUGGAUAAGGAUUAAGCCUUUCCCUCACCUACCUCUAUGGCAUGCAUCAAGUGGUCCCAGCUCAUUAUUACUUGUUUUGGGUGAAAUUCCAUUCCAGCAGGACAUUUCUCCCAAAGAAGUUUGAGCGGGAACCCAAAAAUAAACCCCCUCUUUCUCGCCACCACACCCUCUGAUACCCUUGACCCGUGGCCCACCUCCUAUGUAUUGGCUGGGUACAAGCACGUGGUGCUUGGGCCCUUUGUGUAUGCUCCACUUCCAUCUAAAUCUGUUCCUUUCUAGCCUUCACGCCAUUUCUGUUGCCUCCAUGUUUGUCUGAUUCUGCUAUAUGUUCUGAUGGGUGUUUAACUCUUGUAGCGUAAAGGAAAUAUGGGCUUUGGGCUCAUGUUCCCUACCUUUCACUUCUUCCCUAGAUUGGGUAUUGCUUGGGUGAAGGCCCUCACCUUCCUAGCCCAUGUUCUCUUAUUUCUUGUGUCUAUAGGCAUCUUGGAUGUGGAUCCUGCCAUGCCACUUCAUUGUUCCUACUAUAGCAUUACCACUCCUUUAUUUCUUGUUACCUGUGGGCUUAUGGGUUGAUGCUCUUACCAUGCUGGCCCACUUUCCACAUCUUUACCUCUUUUGGGCUUUAUUGGCCAACAUUCCUACUGUGCCAACCCAUUUCAUUCAUCGGGCUUUCUUGCCCCAUUUACUUUUUCUGUACCUCUUUUACUCCCAUGAGCCUUUUGCUAAAUCCCUUGGGCUUCCUCGGCCCAAUUACCACAUCCUUACCUCUUAUUAUUUUUUCAGGCUUGUUGGCCCUUAAGCCAACCCAAUUAAUUUACUAAUUCGUUUUCUGGGCUUCCCUGGCUCAUUUACCUCCUUUUUACCUCUUAUUAUUCUCAUUGGCUUACUACUUUAUUCCUUGGGUUUGCUCAGCUUAUUUACUUCUUCUUUACCUCUUAUUAUCCUUAUAAACCUGCUAGCCAUCAUUCCUGCCAUUCCGACCUGUUGGGCUUGCUUUAUUAUUUUCUCUUCUCACUUUCUUCAUAUUGUUGGGCUUCUUUUGUUAUUAGGCCCUUUGUCAAAAGUGGGCAUCAGCAUUCAACCCCCUGAGCAUUUAAAUUGCUCCUGCAAUUCCUAUGCGAAUACUUAUGUAAUAAUUUUUUCAUGAGUUUUUUAAAUAGUGGACCCCGCCUUAUUUCCUUUCCUCCUAUGGACAGGCCUGUCUCUUUGAAUUUCCCAGUUUAGCAGUUAUUCUGGAACACAGCCUCCGCUUCAUUAAUACGAUGCUUCCUUUGACGACUGACCCGUUGCUUCCUUUCGUGUCACUUUUAUUGUCCUUAGUCCUUUGGCUUUUUUCUUUCUCAUCAUUCUCUCAUAACUCCUCUUUUCCUUUCCCUUCACCAUCUCGUCUUCCCCAAAACCUCAUUACCCAUCUUCUCUAUUCAAACAAUCCUUCAUGUUGCCAACAAAAGGUGAUGGUUCAUCCAACCGAAUGGGGAAAGAGGUUGUUGCCAACGAUCCACCUACCAAGACCAUGGGUGAAGAGGCUCCCCAUUCCAAAUUGGACCACUCUGAAGAGAAGGAGGAGGAGGGGGGUCAAGAUCUGGGUAGUGAGUGUCCUCUCAUUAACCCAUGGUACGACAUCUAUAUCCAUUUCCCCAUAGUACCCGAUGAUUAUUUGCCUUUGCCAUUGGGCUGCGUGUGGCUUUCCAUUUGCCAUUGUGACACGGAGGUUUCUUAGGCCCCUUUGGUUUCCACCAUUCCUGACCUUGAUAUUCACCAAGGAACUUCACUACUCAUGCCCAUGUUCUUCAAAUUUGGGUCAGGUACUUCUUUGGGUUGGAAAGAAUGGGUGGACACAGAGUUGUUCAAUGUGGGUUUCAUGACGGCAUUGCAGUAGCCCGGUGUGUUGAAGGCCAUCGUUUCUUCUCGGUUUUUAUCCAACUAUCGGGAUUUGUUCAACCUUCGCCAUUUAGUCUACCGGUGGUGUAGCACCACCCAUACCUUCUUCCUUUCUUGCGACGAGAUCACCAUGACCUUGGAGGAUGUGGCGAACCAACUAUUGCUACCCAUUCUUAGCGAUACGGAUCCGAAUGUUAUUGAGCAAUCUGCCGAGGCGGAGGCCGUGGAGGCUGAUUUAAGGAAAGGGAUGAAUGGGAACGCAAAGUUAUCUCAUUGGGUUGGGGCUUUCUCCAAGGCUUCCACCGUCGUCAGCUAUGUGGCCUUUGUCGUGUUUUGGCUUUGUAAGUUCAUUUUUGGUUCUCAUCCCCAUUAUCAUAUAAAAACCCUUUACUUUUGGUUAGCCAUAAAGAUUUCUACCGAGGUGAGUCUGCCAUUGGCCCCUAUGUGUCUGGGUCAUUUGUAUAUACAACUGAAUAUUUUGCAGAGCGAUGAGAGGUAGGCAAGUUCCUGCCAUAUAAUUACUACCUCCGCCCACAGUACCAUAUUGCAACACCUACUAUGGAAGUGUUGUGCUAGCAAUUGGCCAAUUGCAAGUCAGUCCAUUUUUUCAAGGAGAAGUACCAGUCUUGUCCAAGAGUGAUUACUAACUUUUGUGGCUAUUUUGCUUCUGAUUUUUAGUUGACUUACCGCCGGGUUGGGUUGAAGCCGUUUAGGCAUCCUGUCGUUGAGUUCUUUGCUAAAGGAGUAGGCUUUUCUUGGAGAGCUUAUAGGGAUUUAAGCAGUCAGUUCACUUGCACUAAUUCAGCCAUGGGCCCCUAUAUGCUCGUCGUUGGGACCACCACCUCGUUGACUGCUUUUGAUGAGAGGGAAAUUAUGUACUUGGCAGCCACCAAUGCUGGUUGGUUGCCUUAUCUGGUUGAUGAGGGUAUCCGCUAUGUUCAUUAUUCUACCAACAGAGUAAAGAGGCAAUUUGGGCUUAAUUAGGACAUACCCAAUGACUUCACUACUAUCUUAGAGUCUACCACUUUUGUCCAGUCUUUCUUGCACCCUAGUACCUUUGAGUUUUAGAGCAGGCGCUUCACAGUCACUAUUCCGAGUUCCCAGAGAAAAGGCCUUUGCACUACUCUGAUGCACAAGAAUUGGCAGGCCAUGAUGAUUUCUUUUGGCCAGGAAUUGUUUAGUGGCUAUGGGUUUACUCUCAUCCCUCUUAAGGGCCUUCAUGCCAUUAUUUCUGCCAACCCAUGAUUGUUGCUUCUCACCAAGUCUGUGGUAGUGUAUGUUAGGCAGUAGAGUAGGUCUGCUAUAUUUGAGUUGCAGGAGAAGGAGAAGGAAUGGUGUUUAUAUGCUAGUGAGUUUCCUCUAGGUUGGGAGAAGAAAGUAAAGGUGGUAAACCUUCCUAUACCUACGAAGAAGGGCUUGGUGUCUCAGACCGCCAAGCCCAAGUCUACCAAGAGAGAUGAUGACUCUUUCAAGACUUGUUCUGAUCUUGUUUCGUAUGUGGGAGGCCUUCCCCCUAUAGGCAACAUAAUUUUCAAGAGCUCUCUUCCUCCUUCUCGUACCUGUUCCAGUAGGCAUUCUACUAUAAGCAAGCCCAAGCCUUCUACUCCAAGGCCAUCCAUGGAUGCUCCUUCUUCUAGUAGGACUCGUGGCAGUACAAGGAAGACAUCUCCACCAGCCCCAUCUGCCACUGCCGUGAGGAGAUCUAAGCACAAGGAGGACAUUUCAGCCACUCACACUAUACUACUUGAUGAGCCCAAGUUUGAGGUUGAUCCCAAACCCCUCUCUGUUUAUCACCCCAUGAGUGAGGAGGUUUCUACGACUGCUAGUGCAUUUAUGGAGGGCUUCUUUAACAGGGCAAAUGUCGUGGUUGAGGCUAUGGCUUCUGCUUUUGCUGCCACUGCAAAAGAAGCUCCUGCCAAAGCUCUAAUCCCUCCAUCUAAGCCUGUUCCUGCCGAGGAGAGUACCUACGCCAGGAAAGUUUUUAGUGGUGAGUCUGCUCCUAUUCUUGUUGAAUUCCCCACUCCUCAAAAGGAAAUUACUCCUACAGGCACAUCCCAGACCGAGAGUACCUCUUCAGCUACUCCUCUAGUCAUAUUUGCUAGUGACGCCUUAAUUGCCCUUUCCCAAGCCGUGAAGGAUUGUUCUUCCUUGGUGGUCACUCCAUCUUCAAUCCCUAGUUUACCACCUGAGGACCUGAUUCGGACUUGUCUUUAGAUGGGGAGUCAAAGGAGGUCCUUGAGGACUCCGAGGAUGAACCUGUCAUGAAGACAUUAGUUUCUGAUUUUGACGAGGAUGGUGAUGGUGAUGCGCAGGAGGCCGAGGUUAUGGGUAUGUGUCCUUCAUUCUUAUUAUGACCCUUCAUCUACUUCACAUGCUAUUUCUCAAUAUGUCCCUUCAUCCACUUCACAUGCUAUCUUUGCCUUCCAAUCACGGAUAUACCCGAGGAUCCUAAGACUAUAGCAGACCCCAUGAUGCCUACAACUCCUGUUUUGCAGUACCUAUGGCCCCUACUCUUGUGGGUCCUAGUAAUUUCCUUACCCUCAUACUUUUUUCAAUUAAAGCCUUCAUCGUUGCAUUAAAGACUUAUGUUGUACCUUGUGUUCCUUUUCAGGUCCGUCUCAUGCUGAGGUGGCUCUGUCCUCUCGGUUUGAGGUUGGUAGUAGUUCUGCCACCAUUCCUAACUCUGGAUUACUCUUCAGUCGUUCUACGAGGGAACACUUCCUCAAGUUGUUGGGAAGCAUGAUGAAUGACAUUGAGCAUAACUUCAUCAACACCGUAUCUACGGGGAGGAUCUUGCAGUGGAGGGCUAUGGUUCAGGAGUUGAUUAGAGUUGGAUUUGCUGUAGAGUUUCUGUUGGACCACCUACAAGAGACUGCUCGAGCGCUCUUCACAAAGAAGGUCUAGUUUGUUAUGGACUCUAUAGAUGCUCGCAUCAAGAGUUUGAAUAAGGAAGUGACAGACUUAGAGGCACGUCGCGAGCAUCUUCUUUCUGGCGUUACUAGCUCUAGCCACUUCAAGGACCAAACUCUUAAUUCAGGCCUUUUAUUGGACUUUUAUCUAUUAUGUAGCUUUAUUUCCUUCCCCCAUGUUUACUUCUUUCCCUCCUUUCUCUACAUAGUACACUUUAUUUCUCUAGCACUUAUUUUGAUAAGUCUAAUAUGACUUAUAUAUUUUGGGCUUGUAAUCUAUUAUGCUACAUCUAUUACAGCUACUAUUAUGCUUUA